AUGGCACAGCAAGCUCACAGUUAUUGUGGGAACGAACGCUUUAUAGUCUCCUUCUUCUACGCCGUUUUGGCAACCAUCUGCGCAACUGUUCAAACAGUCGUCAUUAAAGUGAUUAUUCGGAAGCGCUUACAUCGUGAAUCGAUUAGUUAUGCGGCGAUUCUACGGAUUUGUUUUGUCAAUCUGACAUUUGUCUUGGCACAGUUGCCGAUUAUUGUCAAUGGAUUAUUUUGCGUGUCCUGCUCUCAAGUCGAUCGAGUAUGUUGUGGGAAAGAAUUUUAACUCAAAAGCUAUUUUUUAUUGGGGAAAGGGCCUAGAUGUCGUUCAGUUGUGCAACUUAUAGCCAAAGUGGGACUAAAAUACUAUCAGCGAAACGCACAAAAUAAUUUCAUUUGCUUUCAGGUUGCAGUUAUCUUCUACCUCACGGCUUUCUAUUGCCUCGAACCCUACGGCCUUAUCCUAACAUUAUCUCGGAUCGACGUAGUCCUAGUCAAAGGUUUAAUUCCGACUCGGCUUCUAAAGGUAAGAGAGCUCAGCCAUUACCAUUCCCUUUCCUUUAGACCCUGAAUAACCUCAUUUAUCCGCUAUACCUAGCGUUAUUUAUCUUCUGCACUAUGCAUCCUUUUUCCGACUGCCUCAUGUUUUACGAGGGCUACAACUACGAUCAUGCGGCUAGUUGUGACAGAGAUUGGAUUUUGGAUGGUCUCAGCUCCUCUGUUUACUUUUUCCUUACUUUUAAUUUGAUCGCUUACAUAGCAAUUUUGAUCGUCUUGAGGAUACGAGUAAGUUGCCGAGUAGGAGGAAUGAAUAGCGGAAGGAACCUUUCAAAACGUUUUUUACCGGAAGUUCAAGUAGCACUUGAUUUCAGCAAAUCUCGAGGGGAGAAUUGUAGGCCAUUCGUGAAACAUUUUCCACAACCUUUCAUUUGGAGCAAAUCUUUGGUAUUUGAUCCAAUAUGCACAGCCAAUGUUGUAAAAUUGUUUGACCAGUUAGCCAAUCGGUUGAAGAGAAAAUCAAGGCUUUUUAAUGGUUAGCCAAAAAACCUGGAUCGACUAGCCAAAGCGUCGGAAUGGCUUUGAAGCCUCAAAAAAGCCAGUCAAAAAGAUGGAAUGGGGGUCAAAGGGUAGGCCUGAGAUCCCAAUUUUAUUUUGGCUAGCUUUUUUCGAGGCUUCAAAGCCAUUCCGGCACCUUGGCUAGCCGAUCCAGGCCUUUGGCUAGCAAUUAAAACUUUGUCAUUUCAACCCAUUGGCUAGCUGGUCGAACAAUUUUGCAACAUUGGCUAUGCAUAUUGGGACAAUAACAGGUCUGUCCAAAUGAAAAGUUGUGGAAAAUAUUUUCACGAAUGGCCUACAAUUCCCCCUCGAGAUUUGCUGCCAUUCUGCCACUUUGGCUAGGCAAGCCAGGCUUUUGGCUGUAAUUUCAACUGGUUGGCUAGUUCGUCGAGCACUUUUGCAAAAUUGGUUAUACAGACUGGACCAAUACCCUAUCUGCCCCAAAGGAGUAGCCAAGUUUUCGUACAUAAAAUCUUUAAACAUACAGUAGCUGCCAAAAAACUGUCAAUUUUUUUGUUUUUUGUGUAACUCUGCUCAACGUGGACGGAUUUCAACGAAACAAAUACCAUUCUGUAGAGAGUUACUGCUGUUAUCUAAUGGUGUAGCGGUUGGAGCGAUUUUACAUCUUAGUGUGUAACAACUGUCGAUGUAAAAUUUUUGGAAGGACAAAAAACUGUCAAUUUUUCCAAAAAAAUUUUACCGCUUGCAUACGUCGCGGCAAAUCAUGGGCUUAUACAUUCCGAUUUUUAAAUAAAGUCCCACUGUACAUAAUUAACCAUCAAAGGGAGCCAAGAAAGUUAAUUUAGUAGACCUUUUGGUGGUCCCAAGUUCGAUACCCCAAAACAUGACGUUUAAGAAAAAAUCGAUUUUUUUCUUUGACUUAGCAUUAACGCAAUGCCUUGCAGUAGAAGCUAGACAACCUAUAAUUAAAAUAGAACAAUGAUUGGGAGCCUAAAUGUAAGUCUACGGACUCCACUUGACAUUCAAGUUUUUCUGGCAGUAGAUGUACCGUGAAACUUUAGCCCGGGUGCUUCCGCAGACACCUCUAAUCGUAGUUCCAAAGCGACAGAAGGCACCCAUGUUAACAGUGAACAGUUUAGAACCGCAACCGCGCCAGGCCCGUACUUUGCGCGUAAAAUAACAAGCUCCUAAAUGGAAUUUUUGAAGAAAAAUUGUUGUCUCGAUUUUCACUCUCCAUAGGAUGGAAAUAACCCAGCGUAAGGACAAGUAAGAUGUUGUCCCAUACAUUUACAGCCAUUCCUGACAUUUCUAACGUAAUUUCACUCCCUCUAACGUGUUUCUAAAGUCUUAAGCUGACUUGCAAGUUUCCACAAAAAAUUUUUUUUGUUAAUGACAACAUAACCCUCCGUAAUUCUUGUGUGACUUGCAUCGCCGUCCUACAAAUGCCCAUAAAAUGCUUCUAGAACAUCUGUGAUCAUGUAUUGAUAAAGCAUUAGCAAGUUGUUACAAAGGCGGGGGCAACAAGGCCAAGUCUCUACAGAAACUCGAUUACCGGAGAAACUUGAAUGUCAAGUGGAGUCCGUAGACUUACAUUUAGGCUCCCAAUCAUUCUUAUAUUUUAAUUGUAGGUUGUCUAACUUCUACUGCAAGGCAUUGCAUUAAUGCUAAGUCAAAGAAAAAAAUCGAUUUUUUCUUAAACGUCAUGUUUUGGGGUAUCGAACUUGGGACCACCAAAAGGUCUACUAAAUUAACUUUCUUGGCUCCCUUUGAUGGUUAAUUAUGUACAGUGGGACUUUAUUUAAAAAUCGGAAUGUAUAAGCCCAUGAUUUGCCGCGACGUAUGCAAGCGGUAAAAUUUUUUUGGAAAAAUUGACAGUUUUUUGUCCUUCCAAAAAUUUUACAUCGACAGUUGUUACACACUAAGAUGUAAAAUCGCUCCAACCGCUACACCAUUAGAUAACAGCAGUAACUCUCUACAGAAUGGUAUUUGUCUCGUUGAAAUCCGUCCAUGUUGAGCAGAGUUACACAAAAAACAAAAAAAUUGACAGUUUUUUGGCAGCUACUGUAUGCUUAGUACACAAAAUUUUCCGUUUCAGCGAAGAAACGCUAAAAUCGGCGCUCGGUCAUCUCUUCGAUCCGAAGAACGUCUACUACUCUCAACAAUGUCCUCAUUUAUUGCAACUUUUGUCAUUGUCACCAGUCAAAUGGUCCUCACCGCCUACGUUAACUACGAACUCAUUGCUCGGGUUGCCUACAGAGCAAUGAUCUUGAUUUCAAAUAAUGUGUUUCUGUUUUCGCUCAUUUUCGUUAAUAAGUAAGUUUUUCAUCAAAAAGGCAAGGCUUCAAAGCGAAAAAGUUCCAAAUUUUUUCCAACUUUUGACCAAAAAUCUCGUUGGUUUCUGCACGCAUACGUUUAAAACAAUUACUCUAAAUUUGCGCCAUGUUGCAUCACAAUCUGGGCUUCGCAUUUGGACUAGACUUUUUUACAAUGUUUUUCGUCGGUGAAAAUAAAACGAACCUAUUUUAGGAUCCUUCGAGACGGAGUGCGCACGUUUUUCUUCCCAUUCCUGAAAAGCCGACAACGCACUGCAACGUCUAUUAUGUUAUUCUCAACCUACAGCAAUGUUAAAAGAAUCAAUCAAAAAGCCUGUGACUACAACCGAUCUUGCCGAACUUUCUAA